AUGCUUUCUCGACGUCGACUUAGAUUGAUCAGUCGAAUGUUUGUACAGAUGUGCGACGCGGUCGAAGCUUGUCAUCGGGUUGGAGUGUGUCAUCGAGAUAUCAAACCUGAAAACUUUAUUUUUCAACAAAGGUCUGCUGAUGGAAUCAAACUUCCAUCAUCUGUGGUGGUCAAAAUCACUGAUUGGGGUCUUGGUACGAGUUCGUCUGCAUGUGAAGAUUUCGAUUGUGGCAGUAAACCAUAUAUGGCUUAUGAAUGUCGAAACAAUCUGAAUCCUACAUACGAUCCAGUUCAAGCCGAUGUUUGGUCUCUUGGGAUCGUUCUCCUCAACCUGUUAUACCAUCGCUGUCCUUGGGCUGAUCCCACCUUGGCCGACGGUGAUUUUGUUCAGUUC